AAAAAAACCAGAGAUUAUCUUCUUCUCUGUUUGAGCCGGUGACGUGGCUUUCGGAUCGGCGCCGUGGUCGUAGCAGUAAUGGAAUCCAUGGAAGCUUCUCCCUCUCCAGCUUUUCAAUCUCCUUCUCGUUCCAGUCAACCACAAUUGCAUUUCUACCUCGCAGUGGAUCGUCCCCAAUUCAAAAUGGAGACGGUGGUGGAGUUAUUAGGAGUAUUGGGUCGUCGUCCAUGGCUUCCAAUCGUAGUCUGUUGCAGCUCUCGCGAUGAACUCGACGCUGUCUGCUCCUCUUUAUCCACUCUUCCUUGCAUUUCCUUUGCUGCUUUGUACAGUGAUCUGGGAGAGAGAGAACGAGCUAUGGUCUUAGAGAAAUUCCGACAAGCAACAGUUAACUCUGAAGUAAUAGAAGAAUGUUUAGAAGAGAGUGAAACUGGAGAAGAAGAAGAUGAAAAGAAAUCACAUUUGGUGGUUGUGACUGAUGUUUGUCUUCCGAUGCUUUCAUCUGGAGAGUCUUCUCUUUCCUCACGAGUCCUCAUCAACUACGAGCUUCCUACUAAGAAGGAUACGUAUACACGGCGUUUAGCAUCUUGCUUAGCUUCAGGUGGGAUUGUCGUAAACAUGGUUGUCGGAGGUGAAGUAACCACUCUCAAAAGCCUUGAAGAGAGUAGUGGCAUUAUCAUCGCAGAGAUGCCUAUCAAUGUAUUCUUAUUUUAUCGAUUAACUUUCUGCUUUGUUUUUAAACUUUGAUGAUUGGCUUAGAAUGUGCUUUCUUUUUGCAGAUUUCUGAGAUCUUAUAAGAACUCAUGUCUCAUACGAUCUGUAGGAUACCAUCUCGGCUGGUAUUGAUGGCUCUUAAGCUUCAAAUUAUAUGUCUCAUGACCACCUCUGUAGCAAUCAAUAGUUUGUCUUAAGCUAUAAGCUGUCUCUCUGCUUAGCUAUUGAGUUGAUCACUGUUGUCUACAUGUCGCUUUGACUGUUUUAUUUAUCUUGGAAUUUUUUUUUUCUUUUAAAACAUUUUGAUAAAGGCAUGAAAAGCAACAGAGCAGUAGUGAACAUGUGAUUGUGAUUGUGAUUGUAGUUGAAUCAGAUGAUGAUUAUUAAUGUAACUAUCAAAUUUA